CACAUGGGUACAUAAACAUGGCUGCGCUCACUGUGCGUGGUGAGUUGGACGAUCAUACCCAGAAGGCAAACUCUGGACGGUGUUGGAGGUGCGCUUUCCCCUUCCUCAAGUGUUAGCUUUUGAGCGUGUGAGGUGGGGCAGGAGCCCCGCAGACUGGGAGGACCGCGUGCCGCUUCAGCACGCGCCGUCAGCACGCCGGCGCGCAUUCAGGCUGUCUUCGCUUUGUUGCCAAGUGCUACUUCAAGGUGAAAGCGAAACCGCGCUUUUUAAAUCAAUAUGAUGCCGCAUUUGGCCGCAUUCUCACAAAGUAAUCGUAAGGUACAGCCUGCUUAGCUCCCCGACCUCUCUACGUCAACGUUAAUGUGAGCCAGCUUCUCUCGGGUCGCCUGAACUUUAAAGUAACUAUUCCCAAGUUAGGAGCGACGACAGCAUUAAAUGUCAUUCUCCGAAACCGAAGCGAAGGUGGAGGAGACGUCGAGUCAGUUGCAAGGGGGAGCGCCGGCUGUUACCGCUACGCCUGACAUUGGGCCGGUCGAUGUACCGUGCGUUAAUGGCAGCGGCGACUCGGCUGGAUUGCGUCCAGAGGCCGCUUGCGGUGGGUGCGCGCCUCCUGCUGUGAGUGCGUCGCCUGCCGCCGUGUCCGACCCCCCCAUCGCUGUCCCGCACCCGGUACCCGCUCAGACGAUGGCGGUCGCCUGCAGCCAGCUGAGCGCAAAUGUUUUAAACUGCAGAACAAAGUCACCCGUAGGCAACGCGGCGCCCAAAGCUAUAACUGGCGGUGGCUCGCCCAUCGUGUCCAGCACUGGUACCAAAAUCAGUACCAAAAUUAUUCAAGUGAGCACUUCGGUGUCGUCAGGAGCUGGAAACGCUGGGGGCCAGGCCGGCUACGGUGUGGGCUUGGUCGCAGUGCCAAACACUGGAUCGGUUACAACUGGUGUGGCACCUGCUUCCAAAGUGACACGAGUAGCGACUAUAACCCAGGGGCCCUCCAAGGGUGCUGUCAUCACUCUGCCGAGGGCGGCCGUUCCUCAGCAAAGCACGGGGCCCCGAGCACCCGUCAGUACCACCGUCCAACUGCCAGCCAAUUUCCAGAUUCCUCAAGGUAUGGUGCUCAUCCGGAGUGACAGUGGGCAGCUGAUGCUGGUGUCCCAGCAGGCCCUAGCGCAGGCUCAAGCCCAGGGGAUAGUUCCUAGACCCUCUACAGGAGCUGCCCUUGUUAGAGUGCCAGUGCCACAGGCUUCCACAUCAGCGAUAAUUAAAAAACCAGACACCGCCCAUGUAAUAAAAGUGCCCCCUCCACCAAAUGAUGCAGCAGUGUCUUCGUUCCAGAAGGUAUCUGUCGUAAAGGCAUUAAAUAGCACUGGUCAGACUGGACGACCGGCUCUGCCCACACCUGGACCGGCACCUUUGAUCAUUCCUGCUAAAAGCGAGACCGCCAAGACUGCACCCACAGCCAUCUCUGCCGAAACCCUUGAGAAUGUCAAGAAGUGCAAGAACUUUCUGGUGACGUUAAUUAAGCUGGCAUCCAGCGGUACCCAUUCAGCCGAAAUGGCGAACAAUGUCAAGGAACUAGUUAGGAAUCUUCUUGAUGGAAAAAUCGAACCGGAGGAAUUUACUGACCGGCUGUAUACUGAGCUGAAGUCGUCUCCCCAGCCAUAUCUUGUUCCAUUUCUUAAGAGGAGUCUUCCUGCUGUCCGGCAGCUGACCCCAAGCUCCCAGCUUUUCAUCCAGCAGUGUGACCCGCAGCCAGCUGCCAAACCCCCACCCGCAGCCUCGCCUACCCUGGCAUCGACUGGUGCUGCAAACAAGGCCCAGCCCCUAAAACCCGUACAGCCAAACCGGCCCACCCAGCUGGUGAUUCACCAGCCCAGAGGGGUCAUGAUAAAACAGUCUGUGACGACAGCGCAGUCUGUGCCUGUGCUGGGCCAUGGCCAACAAGCUCAGCGAAGGCCUGUGCCGCAAACUGCCACAAAUCCCACGGGAGGUAUUAUAAAGCAGGGUCCUCUUCAGGUGUCGAAAAUGAACAGCAUGCUGCCUCCCCAGGUGCAGAAAAACAGCUUCAGGGACAACAUGCUUGGGACCUUCAGAGACGAAGAUGACAUCAAUGAUGUGGCCUCCAUGGCAGGGGUGAACCUGAGCGAAGAGAGCGCCCGCAUCCUCGCCACUAACGCGGAGCACGUGGGCUCCAUCGUACGCUCCUGCCGAGACGAGCCGUUUCUCCCGGCUGGUAUCUUGCAGAAGCGGAUUAUGGACACUGGUAAGAGGCACGGCAUAGCAGAUGUCAGCCCGGAUGCAGUCAGCCUGGUUUCCCAUGCGACGCAGGAGCGACUCAGGGGGCUGUUGGAGAAACUCACGGCAGUGGCACAGCAUCGCAAGAUAUCCCACAAGGAUGACUUCCAUCAAAGGCAAAUAAGUGACACCCGGUCGCAGCUUAAAUUCCUAGAGCAGCUAGACCGUCUGGAGAAGCAACGCAAGGAACAGGAGGAGCGUGAGAUUCUGCUGCGCGUGGCCAAAAGUCGCUCCAACCGCGAAGACCCAGAGCAGCUCCGGCUGAAGCAGAAAGCCAAAGAGAUGCAGCAAUUGGAAUUGGCGCAGAUGCAACAGAGAGAUGCAAAUCUCACGGCGCUGGCAGCGAUUGGGCCUAGGAAGAAGCGCCCAUUCGAUUCCCUGGGCUACGGAUCGGGGAAUGAGGUUCCAGGUGCUCUACCUUCCUCUGUUCUGCCUCCCCAAAAGCCGCAGCCCCUCCAGAGGGUCACCAGGGUCUGCCUACGGGACCUCCUGUUUUGCAUGGAGCAGGAUUUGUCGCUCAGACACUCUCUGUGCCUGUACCGGGCCUUCUUAAGAUAGCUGCACAUGCCCAACCAUGACGAUAAACGCUGAGGACGGUCACUCACAGUCCUGGGUUGGUGCAGAUCUACGCAAUAGGUCCGGUACCGUGUCUGACCUGUGCCUCAUGGUUAGGACGACACGUUGGGUGUGAUGUUUACACAGGGCCGGCCACUGCGUUCGCUAUGUUCCCUCCAUACCAUCCAUGGGUAACGUGCUUCCUUUGGCUGGUUUCAUGCGCAGGGAUUACUUUGCCAAAGCUAAGAAAUUCCAGGAAAAAAUGUUCAAACAUGGGUAUGCUUCCCAGUUAAGCCAUAGUCACUAAGCUGUGCCUUGCUGGAUGAUUGUACUUCAUUAAAAUAGAUUUUUGUUAAAGGAAUUUAACUUAAGCAAUUAAGAUGUGGUUUAUUUCUAUGUAUGGACCAAAUUUUGCUGAGGUUAAAAAGGGUAAAAGAAAACGUUAUAUCAGGAAUUACCCAUUGCUCUUUGUGGGUUAAGGAUGCAUUUUCCUGACAUUGAAUUUUUACUCAUCUGUUUGUAAAUGCGUCUUUGUGUGUGAAGUAAUGGAAAAGAAUCAUAUUUCAGUCGCACCAAAGGGUAAAAUGUUAUGUUGAGGCUAAGGUUUCCAAGUUUGUUGAGUUAGUAUCUGAGUUCUACACCAGUUAUAAGACAGCCACACCAAUAUUUGUAAUGAUGUUGUGAAUUGCAGAAGUUUGUUUUGGUUGGAAUUGUCCAGAAUUAGUGAAUUGAAAACCAUUAUUUCUUAUCCUGUUUUUGUGUACUUUAUUUGCAGGGUAUCUGAAUUGGCCCUUAUUUUUCUUCAUUAUUAAAAAAAAAAUUGGGGAAAUUUAACUUAAUUGGGGAGAAGGGAAAUGUGUUGUGGCGAAUCAAAAAAAUUGGCAUUAUUGUUAUGGACACAAGUGGUCAGGAUCUGUCUCUUGUUGGUUUCGGCGAUGUUCCUUAUUGCCUCGGUGGGAAGUGGUGGCAUUCUGUGUCUGAUCUGCAGUGGAAGCCUGUUAGCUCUGUCCAAAUGUACUGUAGGGAAAUUUCAUUGGCAAUAAUGUUCAUUCACUGUUUACAGAGUUUGCUUUGGACAGAUUUCUUGGUGGGCUGGGUCGGGGGGAGGAGAGUGUGGGGUUGCUGGAUACCAGGAGUGGAAAAAUAGAUUUUCUUUCUCCUGAAACAUGGGAUAUCACUGAGGGCUUCCUUAAUGUGUCAUGGACCGUAUCAUUUUUUGACCUUUAUGUUUCUGAUUUUGUUAUCCAUGAUGGUUUAAUAUGUUAAAAAUAAAAUCAGC